CGCGCCAAAUUUGUAAAUUGCGGAAGGCGCAACAGUAAAACACAGUCCGAUCUUGUGCUCUUUAUGUUUUGUUGCUGAAGCUUGGCUAUUUUUGAUAAACAAUUCCUCUGCAGCAUGUCUCAACCGGCAGGCUAUUCACCGAGCUUCAAGCGACCGGCCGAAAUUAUGCGGAUGAGGAGGAAAAGAACCCGAAGCGACGCCGGUGUCUUCUCUAGCCCGACAGCCAGUCCCGGUCAAAGCGACUUAUCUCCGGCUUGCGUGCGGCCCUUUUCCCCGGGACCGCUUUUCAGCACCCAGAAUCGCUCCGGAGGUGGAAUAAAACGCAGAAAUCCGUUCGCAAAUAUUGAGAAUACAUACAGCCCGAAAAAGAAACUGCUCAUUUAUAACGACGACGGAAAUGCUGAAGCUGCGGACAGUUACAAGAUAAAGAAAUCGACCGACAACGAGGAAGAUGAGGACAUAUCAACAAAGUGUCAAGGAGUCUUACCCUUCAGUGCGAGGCUGGCUGAGGCAGAGAAGCAGGAGCACCAAGAUACUUCCAGGAAGAAGCGUCUUACUUUCUCUGAAGAUGACUCUCUGUUUGAAGAAGAGGAGGAAGAUCUUAAAAGUCCACUGCUGAAGAGUCCCCAGGCCAUUGCUCCAGCCUCCAUAGCUCCCCCCGUCUGCACACAGUUCCCGGCAGACUGGAGCCUGAAGACUCGCCUCCUUUUCACCUCCCCGCUCUCCCUGUCGUGGGCAGAGCACCCCAAAGCCCAAGAAGAAGCCCUGGGGCUUAGCCAGCACUGCAGAGCUCAGUUUGCCCCUCUGCCACACAGUCUACAGGAUCCCAAGUCCUGCUCAGAGCUUCGUUGUGCCUUCCAGCAGAGUCUGGCGUACUGGCAGCACCCCUCCCUGCCCUGGAUCUCUCUGUUCCCCCGCAUCAAUGCUGAGAGGAGCUUCACUGGGAAGAGCACUCCGUGGGCUCAAGACGCAGCAGUGCAGCAGAGCCUAAUGAAUGAAUGGUCAGUCAGUCUGUCAUCUCUCUACAGUCUAAUGAAGGCCAGACUGUGUCCUUACUUCUAUCUCUGCUCCUAUCAGUUUACAGUUUUGUUCAGGGCAGCUGGUCUCGGGGGCUCGAGCAGCAUCUCGGCCUUAAUCUCUCCGACAACCAGGGGGCUCAGAGAGGCAAUGAAGGCUGAGGGUAUAGAGUUCAGUCUCCCUCUAGUGGAGGAGAGGAGGAAGAGCAGGGAGCUACAGAACCUGACUGUGCAGCAGGGAGAGGAGGAGGAGGGUGAACAGAAGAAGGAGAAAGCACAGGAGUGUUGUGAGCUUAAAGAGGAUGAGGACUGUCAGGCAGGUGAUGAAGGAGACGAUGGCGGAUACAACGACGAUGAAGACGGCAGCUUCUCCUGGCUGAAGGAGAUGGGAGUCCAGGACAAAAUCAAGAAGCCAGACAGCAUCACCAUCCAACUUCGUAAGGAGGGCCACGCCGUGUCUCUGGACCACAAGCCAGAGUCUGUGGUGUGCGUGGAGGGAUCACACACCUUCACCCUCAUCAACUUCCUCAUCAACUGUAAGAGUCUGGUGGCUGCAGCGGGUUCCCAGGCCGGGCUGCCCCCAACGCUGCUGGCUCCAGUGGCUUUCAGAGGAGCUGCAAUGCACACACUGAAGGCCCGCAGUGUGAAUGUGAAGAGUCAGGUUGGUUCAACAUACCAGAACAUCAGCAGUCUGGAGAUAACAGGACCCAUCCUCCCCUCCUCCCUCCACACCAUCACAACCCUCCUCCGGUCCGCACAGAAAGGAAACUUCUCGGCUACUCUUUACACACACACGCCUACUGCCGUCAUGAACACACGCACCACCAAGGAGCAGGUUGAUGUUGGUGCGGUGGACUUGUCUGGUUGUGGUCUGCAUCCUGCUUCAAUCCAGCAGUUUCAGCAGCCCUCCAGCCUGGGCAAGACUGCCCUGACUCACAUCAACAUGAACAACUACAGCUACACCUGGAAGAACUGACGCAGGGAAGCGCCGAUGACGCAGUUUCAGAAGACGUCGUUUUAAAAAGAAACAUAAACUCAGAAGAGAGUUCUGAUUUAACUUCCUGUUUGAAAAUGCUUUUACACACAGAUUUUAGUAAAUUGUACUGUUAUUUUUCAUCUUUCUUUUAAAUCUCGCUGUGUUCUUGUUAUAGAAUUGUUCUGACUGUUUUAAUGUAGAUAGAUACAUCAUUUAUUUGCUCCUGUGAAAAUGUGUUUUAAUUAUUUCUAAUUAUUUUUUAUUUGGAACAAUACAGUGCUUUCUUUCCAGUGCAACUUUUAUCCAAUGAAAUUUCAGGUGCACUGUUGCACGUCUUGAGGUUGUAUUCCACGACAGGAAUGAUGAGGAAAUAAAUAUGUUCUGUGUGCAGUUUAUUGAGAAA